AUGACCCUGGAGGAGGGACUCUGGCGGUCUGUACAGGAAUGGCAGCUCAAGAGCAACUUUGACCGGAUGAUCUUCUAUGAGAUGGCAGAAAAGUUUAUGGAGUUUGAGGCAGAGGAGAAGUCAGAGAUUCAGAUGUUGCAGCAGAGGAAUGCGUCUGUCUGCCUGCUUCCUCCAGCUCCACGCAAUCUUGAUCCUCACGGGCCUUCAUCCACUGUGGUUGGCCAGCAUCCAGUGUUCAUUCCAAAGAAGGGAGGUUCCAUGGCACAGCCCCCUACGCAACAUCAACACAGACCCCAGCACCCUUUGGAGCCCAAGCGGUCCCAUGAAACCCCUCCUGAAGCCGUCAAAGAUUAUGUUGAAAUUAUGGAAGAUCUCCUGGGAACUGCCCAUUCAGCCACUGUGGAGCCAGACAGGAAAUGUGAAGAAGAAGCAAAUGAGGAACAAGAGGAAGCGAAUGAGCUGUACCCAGAUCCAGGACUCCUGAGCUACAUUGACAAGCUGUGUGCACAGGAAGCAUUUAUCACCAAGGUGGGCCGGGACCUGAGGAUUGAUUCUCAGGUAGAUCCCAUGUCUUUAAGGCAGGAGCUGGAGGAAGAGGAAGGACUCACUCUCACUCAGCUGGUGGAGAAGCGACUGCUGGAAUUGAAAGGAAAAGUAGGUGUGGAGGCACCCCCAACUUAUGGUGUGCCAACCAUGGAGUCACCUUGUACAGAGUCUAGGACCAGUCAAGACGCAGGGAGCACAGAUAACCACAGCAUCCAACUACAGAUGAGCGAGAAAAUGAGCACAAAAGAGUUGGAUACAGAUGACCUGCCAAAAGAUGGCAGCAGCUACAGUAAUUUGUCUAAGUCAAAAGAACUUGCUCCCUUUAUGUGGAGUCCCAUGUCACAGGAACUUAAGUCUGAAGAAUCAACUUCUCCUCAACGGGGUCCUGGUUGCACCUCCCCUAGAUUGGGAAACAGAGAAACCUUAAUGUCCUUACAAGCCUCUCCUAUUAAUGGAACACCUGGGAAAGGAGAAAGGUCCGGUGAAGAAGAGGAAGAGGAGGAACUCCCCAGCCUUGACUUACUCUUGGCAUCUCAAGAAAGCCUACUGCCCUGGAGUCUUUCCAAGAGUCCUCUGCCUGCCUCCAGCAUUCUGCACCAUGGAGUUCGGGGUACCUGGGGAGAAUCCCAGCCCCGAUCUCCGGAGACAGUGAGUCUUAGCUGUCCUGGACAUACAGCUGUGAAGUGGAAGAUCCCACCUCAAGUCAGAGCUCCAUCACUUGCUGCAAAGCAGCCCUACUCAGGGGCUGACCUUGGAGUCUCUGGGAGGCAACCCUUGACUGUGGGCUUGGUAGAAAAACUGGUCAUGCGAGAUGAGGGUGCUGACCCCAAGUCAUUGCAACAAGAACAGUCAUGUGAGAAAACUUUCAUCCUGCUCUCACAGCAGGAGUGGUUUUUGGAUGGGAGCGUGUAG